AUCAUACUUCGGCUUGUUAGCGGCUCAGGGUGUGUGUGUGUGAGGCGGAGUGCGAGCCCACACUUCAGAGGCUGUGUGCUGGUGCAUGUGUGAGGGAGUGUGUGUGUGUGUUCUCUCCUACCGGUGGAUAGAAUCAGCCUCUCUCAGAGUCGUGUCUCUCACCUACCUAUGACUUUCUGACUUACUCUCUUUUUUUAUUUCUCUCUUUCUCACAUUCUCUCUUUCCUUCGCUCUCUCUUUCUCUCUCUCUACAGGACUCCAAGCCUCCUCCCUUACUCAAAUCAUUGCAGACAAAAUCGCAGAAAGGUAGCUGCCCAAUCUCGCCAGGUGGAACCAGGAGGUUUUCCUCAUCAGUGCUCUGAUUCCUACCAUUGUGUUCAGAAGUGGUUAAGUCCAUCAGCAACUCAUCAGUGUCUAGUUGUCAUGGCAGACAGUCGGCAGCCCGAGGACAACAGCUCCUCUCACUGGGCCCCUCCCACUAACGGAGCCCAGGACCAGUCAGCUGCCCUCGCUGGCCACGGAGAGAACGGCUUCUCCUCUUACAGAGAGAACGGCUAUCACGGAGGACACGCUGCGACAGCAGAGCAAGUGUCAGCCCGUAUAGUUGAGAAGGUGACAGCAGAGGCGGUGGCAGUGCUCAAGCAGGAGCAGGACAAGCAGGACUCUACUAGGAGACUGUCAUCAGUGGAGGACUCUGCCAACCUGCCUCCCUCCCCUCCCCCCUCUCCGUCGGCAGAGCAGAUCGGACCCAUGGAGCAAGACCUGCCGGUGAACCCAGAGAAGCCUCGUUCCGACAAUCCUGCCAUGGCAGAGGAACACCCACAGGGGGCACCCCCACCGCAGAGCACGGUGGCCCCCACCACAGAGAGAGAAACACCUGAGGGAGCAGAGAGCACUGUGUCCAUCGCUGAGUCCUCCUUUGGUUCCCCCAAAAACAAACCUCUAACAGAUGCUACCCCCACAGAACCCGAGAAGGCGGUUCAGCCUUUAGUGCAACCAGAAAAAGGGCAAGGGACUGGGACUGGAAGUACCACUAGUGUGGUUCCUGAGAUAAAAUACCUUCCGGAGCCCAAGACCACGGCUGACAAACAGCCCUCGGUUGAAGAGCUCGACUCAGUUCCUCUUUCAGUUGUAUAUGAGCCCCUGAAAGAUUACAUUGAGGAAGAGGAGGAAAAUGAUGAUUAUGUUACACCCAGUAAGUCAGCAAACCUUGAGAGCGUUCGUGAGGAGAAAGAGAUCAAAUCAGAGAAAACUGAGAAAAGAAUGCUGAGUCUAGGACAAUCGACCGCCAGGCCAUUGUCAUUUGAGACUGAGAAGAUUGAAGAGACACCUCAAAGUAAUGUCAGUGACGGAGAAAACCCAAAGCAGGAGGCACACAUAUCUGCUGCAGACGGUCUAAAAGACAAGCAUAGUUCGGAAAAUAAGUCUGGAGUUGCUUCAAAAGAUGAGUCGGGUAUGACGGCCUACUUUGAGACCUCUACACAAAGGGAUACUGAAAAACCAGGAGAACGUGGUGAGGGUUACUAUGAGCUCAGUGCUGUCAGCCAGAAGAAGCCCUCAGAGGAGGUUCUGGAGGCCGAUUCAAACAUUAAAAUAAGCCAUUCAGCACCAGAACAGACAGAAUCCAGCAUAACGUUGAUGAGUGACAGUGCCAUGGACAAGCUAGAGGAUCUCCCUAAGAGGAAGGAUGUGUGUACUAGGCUGUCACCUGGCAAAUUGUCAUUGGAACACAGAAGUCUUUCUCUGAAUUUUGCUAUUGGCUCAAUGGGUCAAGCAGGAGAGCAAAGCCAGUCAAAGCUUUCAUCUCUUACAGAGGUCUCUUCCGGAAGCCUGGAUGAAACCACAGGUUACCUUCCUGUAACCACCCCAUUAGUAACAUUAGAGAGACAGUUACUUCCUGUGACUCCAGAGAUAGCUCUCCCAGUCCCUGCCACUGAAACCUCCACUGAUCUACCGGAAGACACCACAUCUAAGACAAUGUGUUCUCCAGAGUUGUCACUCUCACCCAUGAAGCAACAUUACACCCAUUUGAACGACCCAUCCAAUGAUCUUCCUGAGAUGCUGGACCUAGCCGGUGUUAAGCCCAAACCCACCUUGGAGAUGAGGGAGCUGGACCAGCAUAAUAGAAGGAGGUCUGUCCCUGCCUGUCCAUCUGCUGCUCUGGUGGGCAGUUCUCUGGCCAAGCUGGUGCUGGGGAACCAGCAGACGCCCAGGGUGGUGGGUGGAGAGGAGAGCCAGCAGGAGGAGCGUGGUUACUGCGUGUUUAGUGAGUACUCUGGUCCCAUGCCCUCACCUGCCGAUCUGCACAGCCCAGUGGGCUCCCCACACCAACGGUUCCCCACAGUGACUGAAGGGGACAGUGACGAGGAACUGGGAGCCAUUGCGGAAGAGGGCGAGCAAAAGCUGGCACCGCAAAAACCAGACCAGGCAGAGGAAUCGGUUGGAGGAACGGUUAAGUCAACUUUGGUGCUUGAAAGACCUGUCACGGCAGGUGUCAAACCGGAUCGUCUGAGGAUCCCUGUGGCCCCAUCCAAAGAUAAACUGACAGAGUUCCGGCUGGAGAGCGGUCUUCCUGGGGACAUCAAAACCCAAGCCAUUCCUGAGGUAGAGUUGGAGCAGGACCUCUCUAGAGAAGCGUCCCCCAUCCCACCAGACUUCGCAUUUACUUUUGGCACUGAGGUGAAGGAUGCCAAGCUUUGUGCGACCCCCGAGUCUCCAGCAAAAAAGGCUGCCACUGUGGAGAGAACCAAAGUUGAGGGAGCCACAGCGGAAGUCAAAGUAGAGGUGGCGUCAGCAAGGAUUGGGAAGAGUCAGAAGACUGGUCUUAAAAAGCCAGAGAUGGAGAAAGUGGAGGAGAACUCAGACCCAGACCAUCAAAACGCUAUUGAAGACUUACAGCCAAAGGAUGUUCGUGGACCGGAGAGAGAAAAUAAAAAAGAACCCAUGACAUCAUCACCAGAAUCAUUAGUGGAGAUCAUCAUUGCGCAGGAGAAGAAGCGUGAAAGUGAACCAGAUGUGUCAACAGUACCAGCAGAGGCUGCCGUUCCAAAAGAAGAGGCCAAGACCAAAGCUGAAUUAACAUCACCAACACCCUCUAACGUGAGCACUGCAGAUGCGGAGGAAGCCACAGAGCAACUAGAGGAGAAAAGUCCAGAGAAAAGUGUUUCUAGAAGUUCUCCAGUUAUAGUCAUACCUCAGGCACAAGUUGAGGAGGAGGAAGACGAUAUAGAAGUAGCUGAGGAAGUCUUGGAGGAAGUUGAAGGCCCUCCUGUGCUCCUCAAUGAGAAAGAGCAAGGGAGUCACCCUGUGGAGAAGCAGGAGGAGGUGGCAGAGGAGGUGAUUGUUGAAAAUCCUAAAGAUUUGGAGGCUGCUGUUCCUGGGGAUGACGAAUCAUGUGAUGCUACUGCCCCAACCAUUGAUGAAGGGGAUUAUGCCGGUCGCAUCUCUCAUCUAUCUGCCUGCUCUGACAACGACCAGCCACAAACCCUCGAUGGAAAGGAGGCAGAGAAAGAGAAGAAUAAAGUGGAGGAUAAAGAAGGGGUGGUGCUGCAGGAGGAGGAGGAGUCCGCUGAGGUGGGGCAGGAAGUUGAGAUGAAGGCUUCCAGUCGCGAGGAGACGGAGACCUCAGAUGUACUGCAGAGCCAGACCAACGAGACCACCGCUCACGACGAGACCACCAUGGACGUCUCCAUGUUAGACAGCGAGAGUGGCUGGGUGGACUCACAAGAUGAUGACAGAAGCGUAAUGACAGAGCAGAUUGAAGCUCUGCCCAAAACACAGAGUCCUGUCAAGACUCCCCUGGUAGAGAGACCCUCUAAUAAACGUCCCCCCGGCAGAGGACAGGGGCGCAUCUCCACCCCAGAGCGCAAACCCAACCGCAGAGAGCCCGUCAGUCGACGUCCAAAGGAGGAAGAGAAGAAGAAAAAAGCGGGGACGAAGAGAACUGAACAGUGUAAGGUAUCAGUCCUCCAGUGUCGCUCUCCCACUCGGAGGAUUGUAGUCAAAGCUGCUACGUUCAGACAAGCUAGACCUGCUUCGCACCACGGCUCUGCUAGACGCAAGCCACCAGCCGUGGAGGACCGGCAGCCUCUUAAUGUGGCCCACCAAUCCCGGGAAAGGACCUCUGAGGGUACCUGCCGGACCCCAGAAAAGAGGUCCUCUCUGCCCAGGCCUGCCUCCUCCCUGCCCCGCCGCGCCCCCCCAGCAGAGCACGACAACACCAGCCCUGCCCCCCGCAGGCCCACCUCAAUUCAAACUGAGCCCAGAGGGGAGCACAGGUCUGGGAGGUCCCCUAGUAUCGCAGUCGGCACAAACUCGUCGGCCCGUUCCCGUUCUGCCCGGAGCGGAGCCUCCACGCCCCACACCCCCGGCUCCACAGCGGUCACCCCAGGCACACCACCCAGCUACUCUUGCCGCACCCCUGGGAGUCGCACCCCCGGCAGCCACACACCCAAGUCUCUCAGCCUCCUCACUCAGGAGAAGAAGUUUGCUGUGAUCCGCACACCGCCCAAGUCGCCCUCCACCACGCCCAAGCAGCUGCGCGUCCUCAACCAGCCCCUGCCGGACCUGAAGAACAUCAAGUCCAAGAUCGGCUCCACAGACAACAUGAAGUACCAGCCCAAAGGUGGACAGGUCUUCAUUCCAAGUGUUAAACUGGACUUUAGCCAUGUCCAGUCUAAGUGUGGCUCCCUGGACAAAAUCCAGUACGCACCCACCGGGGGAAACGUCCACAUCACCACCAAGAAGAUAGACCUGAGCCACAUCACCUCCAAAUGUGGAUCAAUGUCCAACAUCCGUCACCGGCCAGGGGGUGGUAACGUGCGUAUCGAGAGUGUGAAGCUGGACUUCAAGGACAAGGCCGAGGCCAAAGUGGGCUCAUUGGCCAACGCCAGUCACACCCCCGGGGGAGGACAAAUCAUGAUUGAGAGCCACAAGCUGACGUUCCGUGACACGGCCAAGGCGCGCGUGGACCACGGGGCAGACGUUAUCACCCUGUCCCCAGGUGGCACGGGGGGCACAUCCCCCCACCGUCUCAGCAACGUGUCAUCCACGGGCAGCCUCAACCUCCUGGACUGCCCCCAGCUGUCCACACUGGCCCAGGACGUCACCAUGGCCCUGGCCAAGCAAGGCUUAUGAGCCUCCUGCCUCCUCCAUUGCCCCCUGGUUCCUGGUCCUUCAUCUCCCCCUGGACCUCCUGGAUCCCUUGGACCCCCUGGUCUUAACAUCCCCCUUCAACAUUUCUCCGUCGACCCUCCACUGCAACAACCCUUCGCCGUCGUCCCCCAAGAUAAGAAACCAGACGACUGUGAUCAGAGUAUCAGAGUCCAUCUUCCAUCAUUCCACUCCCCCUCCCUCGCUCCUCCAUAGGAAAACAUGCUAUUUAAACUACCACCACCAGGGGGAUUUUAAUGACUGACUCUAGGAUGUUUGUUCUUCUUCUUUCUGUUCUAAGGGAUGUGCUCGACUCUGCUAGGGUGUGUUGUGUUGUUCUUUUGGCUUCUUUUCAUUCCAUGUUGAACGUUCUUUGGGACAGUACUGUAGAUGGCCAGUGUGCUAGCUAGCUAAGCCAUUGAAACAGGUGCAGUGAUAGUGUUGAUAGGGUAUUAUCGGUUAUCUAAGACUUUACAGUGAUUCUUAUUGUGUGGCAAUGAUCUCAAAGACAUUCCAUUUGGCCUAGGAUAUUAAGCAGCCCAGCCUGGUUUCAUUCCCAACACACACUAUAUAUACAAAGUAUGUGGACACCCCUUCAAGUUCGUGGAUUUGGCUAUUUCAGCCACACCCGUUGCUGACAGGUGUAUAAAAUUGAGCACACCGCCAUGCAAUCUCCAUAGACAAACAUUGGGAGUAGAAUGGCCUUACUGAAGAGCUUAGUGGCUUAUAACAUGGCACCGUCAUAGGAUGCAACCUUUCAAACAAGUCAGUUUGUCAAAUUUCUGCCCUGCCAGAGCUGCCCCGGGCAAUUUUAAGCACUGUUAUUGUGAAGUGGAAACGUCUAGGAGCAACAACGUCUCAGCCGCGAAAUGGUAGACCACACAAGCGCACAGAACGGGACCACCAAGUGCUGAAGAGCGUAGCAUGUACAAAUCGUCUGUCCUCGGUUGCAAAACUCACUACCGAGUUCCAAACUGCCUCUGGGAGCAACUUCAGCACAAGAACUGUUCGUCAGGAGCUUUA